AUGAUCGCGCUCAACCGCGCCGCGCCGUGCGCGCGCGCCGCCCCCCGCGCGCUGCCGUCCCGCCGUCAUCGCGCCGCGCGCGCCGCGCGCCUCGCCGCGGCCGCCGACGCCGACGCGUCGUCGUCGUCGUCGUCGUCGUCGACGGAGACGUCGUCGGAGACGCCCGUCUUAUCCCCCGAAGACCUCGUGCGCGCGCAGUACGCCGCGACCGACGAGACGCAGGCGUUCGGCGACAGCAUCCUGGGCGGCGCGUCCGUCGUGCGGGGUUCCGCGGAGGAGACGAGGGACCUCGUCCCGUUCGGGGCGAACAACCUCGCGGUGCUGCGCGCGACGAAGCAAUACGCGGAAGCCAUCGAGAACGAUCUCGACCCGUCCGAGGUCAUCGCGAAAGCGCUCGGGGUCGAAUCGCUCGACGACUUGUCCCCAGCGCAGAGGGCGUACAGCGACAAGGUGCGCGCGAAGCUCGAGGAGAACGCGCAGCGCAUGCGCGGGUUCACGCUCGAGGCGUCGCGUCUGCAUAAGAAAGCCGAGUACGCGUACUCGAAGGGCUUGUAUGUCGACUGCGUGCGGUGGUGCGACACCGCGCUCGAGGAGACGGAGGAGAAGACGCUGCUCGGAGGACGGAUACUGAUACAGAAGUGCCUGGGGUUGGACGCGAGCGGGAAGACGGAGGACGCGAUCGAACUCUACGCGUGGCUCGCGGCGACGCAUCCGGAGGGCAUCGUGAAGCGGCAGGCGGAGGAGCUCAAGUACAUCUUAGAGGCGCCGAAGAUGGACAUCGGCGAGGACGAGAAGGUGGACGUGCCGGUUCUGAGGGACGCGUACGCGUACAGCGAUAAGUGGGCGAGCACCGGGGGGGGGAAGAAGUCUGGCGGGGGAGGAAAGAGAGAGAAGAGCCUCGAGGAGGAGUACGGCGGGGAGUUCACGCCGAGCGUGCGGCUGCCGCAGAACCCUUUCAUCACCGUCGCGGCGUCGGUGAUCGCCGCGGGGAUAGCGUACUACAGCGCGACGAUCCCGAGGUAG